AUGUUGCCAGGCUUGAAGCUUCUUGGUGUUGCCUUGCUGGGAGCGGCGGGUCUUGUUGAUGCAACGACCCACAAGCCAUUCCUUCCCAAAGGUCUCGCCCUAGGCUCCAAACCCACCUACAAAACUAAAGCCUUCAAAAGCUUUGCUCUCAACGGGAAAAACCCAGUGGCAGUCCUCGACUACGGUCACAUCGUCGGUGGAGUCCCAUUCUUCGACGUCAAAUCCCUCAGUGGCCCCGCCCAGAUCGAAGUGAAAUACGGCGAAGAAUGGCGUUCCGUAAACGAGCCCUUCAGUGACGGCCCCCUCCUCUACGGCAACCAACUCAGCAAUAACUUCCGCAUCGAAACACUCAAUAUUACAAAGACCGGCCGUUAUAACGCGUUUCUCACACAAGGUGGUCAGAGAUGGGAAUCUCUCAGACUUGUGAAUGAGGCGAGUAUCAAGUUUGAGAAUGUCGGGUUCCAUGCUACCUUUCCGAAUGUGGAUCCUGAUCAGGAACCCGGCUUCUUUGAGUGCAGCGACAAGAGGCUCAAUGAGAUCUGGAAGGUGGGUGUGAGGGGCGCGCAGUCUUCAUGUUUGGAGCAGGGUAGUCAGCCUUCGUCGUGGCGAGUUGAUCCUGAGAAUGGCGCUUUGAUUGAGUCGCUGAGACCUAUUCAGAGUGAGAAGUCGCCACUUGUUGGAAACCAUACUCUCGAGUUUGAGACCAAGAUCCAGAGAGGCGGUCUUUGGUAUGGUGUUGCUUGGGAGAUCGGAAAGGGUGGCGGCAUCGGUCUUCAAAUCACUGGAGACCUACCCAAAGCGACUACCUUCAAGAACCACAACUAUACCCUCUCCCCUCGCAACACCCUGCAGGUCACCUCUGGAUGGGGUCAAGUCAACCAAACCACUCUACCCACCUACCUUCUCAAGACCUUCGACCUCCCAUUCUCUGUCCACGAGAACGAGUGGUACAAGAUCCGUACAACCCUCAAGGAUGGCUACCUCAGUGCCCACAUAAACGACGCCAAAGUCUUUAACAUGUCGCUGACUUCCUACCGUGUCUUGUUCAGAGGCCAGAUGAAACCCAUCACACUGACUGGUCGCUUCGGUCUGGGUGCGUAUCAGGACCAGAAGGCUUACUACCGUAACGUCAAGGUCCACGACGAUGAUCUUGGAAAGGUCGUGUAUGAGAGCAGUCUGACUUCUGACGAUAUCCUCGAUGAGUAUGGUGUCAGACAGAACCUUUUCGCGGCUUGUCUUGAUGGACCCAAGCGUGAUCGUCUCAUCUGGCUCGGAGACUACUACCACACAUCUCGUAUCAUCGGUGUCAGCACGUCUCGCUUCGACCUCCAGCGCGGAACUUUCGAGUCCCUUAUCCCGACACAGAAUGAGGAGGGACUGUUUAGUAUGAGCGCCCCGCUCGGAUACCAAGCCAACAUCACGAUCUUCGCUGAUAACUACGGCUUGGAGGAUUACCAACUCCUUGGCCUUUUGUCGCUGUACUACUAUAUUCAAUCCAGCAACGACCUGGACCUCCUCAAGCAGGAAUGGAAGUACUUCGAGCGUGUUGUCGACUGGUCUGUCAGCACUAUCAACAAGACUGACGGACUGGUCCAUCUCAAUGGCGCUUUUACAGGUCCUGCUGAGUCUGGCUCUUCCGUCUCUUGCAUGACAGCCCAGGCUCUGCACUCCAUGGCCGAACUUGCCGAAGCGAUCGGCAAGAAGAGCGCCAUGAAGAAGUGGAAGAAAGCAGGAGACAAACUCAUUGAAGCUAUUCGCAAGAACCUCUGGAAUGAGGAGCUUGGCGUUUGGAAGCUGUCGACCGCCAAUGAGACCGACUUCUCCGUCAACGGUAUCGCGUUCUGCACCACGAGCAAAGCAGCUAGCCGCACACAGGCCACGCGCUCUUUCAAGGCCUUGGACAAACUUGCUCUCGGACCAGGAUACCUUGACAACACCCGCACAGACCCUGAUGCACCAACCGCUAGCAUCAGCCCCAACACCAACGGAUUUCUCCUCCCCGCCCUCUUCGAGUCCGGUGCCGAGAAGCGCGGUUCUAAGCUCAUCGACACACUCUGGGGACCUAUGGUCGAUAAUAUCACGACUUCCAGCGGCGCAAGUUGGGAAUAUGUCCUUCACGAUGGAACUCCUGGUCUGGGUUUGUUUACGUCGCUAGGACAUCCUUGGGGAGGCGCAGCUACCUAUGUUCUCACGGAGUGGGCAGCUGGUCUUCGACCCGCGGAGGGUAUUGAGGGAUAUGGUUACAGAAGCUGGGUCGUUGGACCAGAGUAUGGUCUGUCUAUGGGCUUGAACUAUGCACAUGGACGUCUGCAGACUGCUUUCGGAGGAAAGGUCGAGGUUACUUGGAAGCUUAGCAGCGAUGAGAAGAAUAUGUCUGUAACGAUCAAGGCGCCGAAGAAGACUAGCGGUGUAUUCAAGUUUAAGGGUACGGAUAAGAAACUGAGUGGGAAGGAGCAGUAUGACUUCACUGUCAAGGUGUGA